CCUGCGGAGUUCCGGAGUUCCGGGCCACGCGGCCCUGGGGCGGCGCCCUCUCCCGCACCAUGGCUCGAAAUGCAGAAAAGGCCAUGACGGCCUUGGCGAGAUUUCGCCAAGCUCAGCUGGAAGAAGGAAAAGUGAAGGAACGACGGCCCUUUCUUGCCUCGGAGUGUGCAGAGUUGCCCAAAGCUGAAAAAUGGAGGCGGCAGAUUAUUGGAGAGAUCUCUAAAAAAGUGGCUCAAAUUCAGAAUGCUGGUUUAGGUGAAUUCCGAAUUCGUGACUUGAAUGAUGAAAUCAACAAACUGCUGAGAGAAAAAGGACACUGGGAGGUCCGGAUAAAGGAACUGGGUGGUCCUGAUUAUGGGAAAGUUGGUCCUAAAAUGCUGGAUCAUGAAGGGAAAGAAGUUCCGGGAAAUCGAGGUUACAAAUACUUUGGAGCAGCAAAAGAUUUGCCUGGUGUUAGAGAGCUGUUUGAAAAAGAACUCAGAGCUGAAUUAGUGGAAAAGUGGAAAACAGAGAAAGAGGCCCGGCUGGCAAGAGGAGAAAAGGAGGAGGAAGAAGAGGAGGAAGAAGAGGUCAACAUUUAUGCUGUCAAUGAGGAGGAGUCUGACGAGGAAGGUGGCCAGGAGAAAGGAGGUGAAGACGGGCAGCAGAAGUUCAUCGCUCAUGUCCCAGUGCCAUCGCAGCAAGAGAUUGAGGAAGCGCUUGUACGAAGGAAGAAGAUGGAACUCCUUCAGAAGUAUGCAAGCGAGACCCUGCAGGCUCAAAGUGAAGAAGCCAAACGGCUCCUGGGAUAUUAGGGCUCAGCAGUGUUGGGCUCUGGGCCUUUCCUAAUCUGCCUUGGGCUCCAUGUGCUGACCUGUGAGACCUCUGCCCUCGUUGUCGUUUGGAGACUGCAGGCAGGCAGGCAGCCAGGUGGUUUUACCUCUGACUCUAUCCUUGCCUCAUGUGCUAACAGGCAGGUGGCAUCUGUCCUUUGCCUUCUUGUAGCCACCACCACACAUAUUGUGAAUCCAUAUAUUUUGACUCUAUAGUGUGUAUGACAGAUUGCUAACUAGCUGCCUGUGUUUUAAUUAGCCAUGUUCUGUGAUUUGGGCAGGGAGAACCGGUUUGUGGCUAGCAUUUGAGAGUGCAGUUUUCUUUCAGAGGACCUGUGUAACUUCUCAUCGACUGGAGAAGCCGUCCCAGCCCUGCUGCCAUAGCUCACUUGUCCGUAGUCAGCCUGAGUCGCCUCCUUGGACGCAGUGUGCUCCCAGCCUUUCAUGGCCCAGUCUUGCUCAUUCGUACCAGGGAGGUGGACUUUGAGUGCAUUACUUCUGUUUUAUAAAUCGUGUAAGAGCUAUUUUCAUUAAAGAAUUUUGUAUGACAGGAA